GAGGAGCUGGAGCACCUGAACGAGGCCAACGCUGAGAUCAACCGGGGAGAGCUGGAGCUGGACGCCGCUCGCUCGCGGUACCGCCGGGCGCUGUCGGAGUCCGCGCGGCGCCUGAACGCCCAGGGCUCCCAGCUGGGCACCUGCAUCGAGCGGGCACGGCCCUACUACGAGGCCCGGAGGAGGGCAAAGGAGGCGCAGCAGGAGACGCAGCGGGCGGCGCUGCGCUACGAGCGCGCUGUGGGCAUGCACAACGCCGCGCGCGAGAUGGUCUUCGUGGCCGAGCAGGGCAUGGGCACCGGCAAGAACCGCCUGGACCCCACCUGGCAGGAGAUGCUGAACCACGCCACCAGGAAGGUGAACGAGGCGGAGCAGGAGCGGCUGUGGAGCGAGCGCGAGCACCAGCGCGUGACGCGGCUCUGCCAGGAGGCCGAGGCCGAGGUGCAGCGGCUGCAGAAGAGCCUGAGGCGCGACAUCGCCCGCAGCCGGCCCUACUUCGAGCUCAAAGCACAGUUUAACCUGCGCCUCGAGGUACUGGGAUAUACUGGGAUAUACUGGGAGGGUCACUGA